GGCAUUAUGCUUUCAAAGUUGACAAUACUUUUGUUGAGUCAAACCCUCUCUCUGUGAGACCUGUGAGCGCACUCUCUGUACGCCAUUCGCUGAUUGGUUGACGCAUUUGAAUGAGUCAUUGACUGCGGGGUAUAAAAGCGUUGCCAACGUAUAGAUCAGGCAUUCGUUGUGAAGCAUCAGUUGUGCAGUCAGUCAUUGUUAACGACUUUGCAAUUGUCACUCACUAUCUCUUAAUUGUCUUAAUUGUCAUUCAUUACCACUAAUCCAAUCAAUCCAUUACAAUGCGUGAAUGUAUUUCCAUACACGUGGGUCAGGCGGGCGUACAGAUGGGAAACGCCUGUUGGGAACUGUAUUGUCUCGAACACGGCAUUCAGCCCGACGGACAAAUGCCCAGCGAUAAGACCAUUGGUGGCGGCGACGACUCGUUCAACACGUUCUUCAGCGAGACGGGUGCGGGCAAACACGUGCCGCGCGCUGUUUACGUGGAUCUGGAGCCCACUGUUGUGGAUGAGGUGCGUACCGGCACUUACCGUCAGCUCUUCCAUCCGGAACAGCUCAUCACCGGUAAGGAGGACGCGGCCAAUAACUACGCUCGCGGUCACUACACUAUUGGCAAAGAGAUCGUGGAUAUCGUUUUGGACCGCAUCCGGAAACUGGCCGAUCAGUGCACAGGUCUGCAGGGAUUCCUCAUUUUCCACUCGUUUGGUGGCGGAACCGGAUCUGGCUUUACAUCGCUUCUGAUGGAGCGCUUGUCUGUGGAUUACGGCAAGAAGUCUAAGUUGGAGUUCGCUAUCUAUCCGGCGCCGCAGGUGUCGACCGCUGUGGUCGAGCCGUACAACAGUAUUCUCACCACUCAUACCACACUCGAGCACUCGGACUGCGCUUUUAUGGUCGACAACGAAGCCAUUUAUGACAUCUGUCGCCGCAAUCUGGACAUCGAGAGACCCACUUAUACUAACCUGAAUCGCCUCAUCGGACAAAUUGUGUCCAGUAUUACCGCUUCUCUUCGUUUCGACGGCGCUCUGAACGUGGAUUUGACUGAAUUCCAGACCAAUUUGGUUCCCUAUCCGCGCAUUCACUUCCCGCUCGUGACAUACGCUCCGGUGAUCUCCGCCGAGAAGGCAUAUCACGAACAGUUGACUGUCUCUGAGAUCACCAACUCUUGCUUCGAGCCCGCGAACCAAAUGGUGAAAUGCGAUCCAAGACAUGGCAAGUAUAUGGCCUGUUGUCUCCUCUACAGAGGCGAUGUCGUCCCCAAAGACGUGAACGCAGCCAUCGCUGCCAUUAAGACCAAACGCAGCAUUCAGUUCGUCGACUGGUGUCCGACUGGUUUCAAAGUUGGCAUCAAUUAUCAGCCGCCGACUGUGGUUCCGGGCGGAGACUUGGCUAAAGUGCAGCGCGCGGUGUGUAUGCUGUCCAACACGACUGCCAUCGCCGAGGCGUGGGCUCGACUCGACCACAAGUUUGAUCUGAUGUAUGCGAAGCGUGCGUUCGUUCACUGGUAUGUGGGAGAAGGUAUGGAAGAGGGAGAGUUCUCUGAGGCCCGCGAAGACUUGGCCGCUCUCGAGAAGGACUACGAAGAAGUGGGACUCGACUCCACUGAGACCGGCGAAGACGAGGCCGGAGAGGAAUUCUAA